UCAGUUCUUCCGCAAAGCAGGUGUUUAAAAACAGCGCCUUAUUUUCUUCUGUCCUCAUAAAGACCUGUACAUCACGACCGUCUAUAACUUCUAAUGGAUUAUUUUUUCAUCUGCAACGACAUAAGGGCUGAAACUAGAACCUGUGCGGGUCAGGAGUCAUCUGUACCUGCGAGAGAGAGCGCGCGCGAGAGAGUGAGAGAGUGAGAGAGUGUCGGCGUUGCUAAUAUCACCUUUUGUUUAUUCAGUGCGUUUGAUGCAUAGAUGCGGAGGCUUUCUACCUGGUGUGCAUUUUAGCAUUUUCCUUUUCUCCAUUACAAUGCCAUACAUGCACUAAGCUAGUCAGGCUUAUAUUUGUAAGGCUCCACUUGAAAGACACGAUGAAGUUUAACGGGUAUCUUAAGUUGCGCAUAGGCGAGGCGGUGGACCUGAAGCCCACGACCACCUCGAUGCGCCACGCCGUGAUGUUCAACAAGGCGAGCCAGACUCUGGACCCGUACAUCGUAGUGAAAGUGGACGAGUAUAAGAUUGGACAGACGCACACUAAGCAGAAAACCAGCAUGCCCACUUACAACGAGGAGUUCUCCGUAAAUGUGAACGACGGCAAGCACGUAGAGUUGGCUGUAUUUCAUGACGCACCGAUCGGGUACGAUGACUUCGUGGCCAACUGCACCAUCCAGUUUGAUGAUCUGAUGAAAAGUACAAACACUGAGGAGUCUUUUGAAGGAUGGGUUGACCUUGAACCUGAGGGUAAGGUUUACAUCCUGGUUACUCUCGCAGGCUCAUUUACAGAUGAGGAAGCUGCAGGAAACGCACGUCCCUAUAAGGAAUUCAACCGAAAACGGCAGCAGGCAUUACGAAGGAGAAUCCACCAAGUCAAUGGACACAAGUUUAUGUCGACCUUCCUAAAACAGCCGACAUUCUGUUUCCACUGCAAAGAGUUUAUAUGGGGUGUAUUUGGGAAACAAGGAUACCAAUGUCAAGUGUGCACCUGUGUGGUACACAAGCGAUGUCAUCAGUUUGUGGUUACAGUGUGUCCACGCAUGAAGAAACCCGCAAAGGAACAGCCUACAAAUCAGGGUUUCAGCAUAAACAUUCCCCAUAAGUUCAACAUCCACAAUUAUAAGGUUCCUACCUUCUGUGACCACUGUGGCUCUUUGCUGUGGGGCCUCGUACGGCAGGGACUACAGUGCAAACUUUGUAAGAUGAAUGUCCAUAUCCGCUGUAAGGGAAAUGUUGCACCGAACUGUGGAGUUAACAAUGUAGAUCUGGCCAAUAAACUGGCAGAAAUGGGUCUCCAACCAGGAGGAAUGACCAAAUGCAACACAAUGGGUCCUGCAGGUUCGGACUUUCAGUCCCGGACAUUGAGUGUGAGAGGAUAUCCAGGGGAAUCUAACCAAGAGAUGAGUCGAAAGUUGGGAGUCACAAACUUCACACUCCUGCAAGUGUUGGGGAAAGGCAGCUUCGGAAAGGUGAUGCUGGUCCGGUUAAACUGUUCUGAUCGGGUGUUUGCAGUGAAGGUCUUGAAGAAAGACAUCAUUCUACAGGAUGAUGAUGUGGAGUGCACUAUGACAGAAAAGCGAGUGUUAACCCUCGCGUCUUCUCAUCCUUACCUCACUCAGCUCUACUGCUGCUUCCAGACACCGGAGCGUCUGUUUUUUGUGAUGGAGUUUGUGAAUGGAGGAGAUCUGAUGUUUCAUAUUCAGAAAUCCAGAAAGUUUGAGGAGAACAGAGCGAGAUUCUACUCUGCGGAAAUCACUUCUGCUCUCAUAUUCCUUCACAGCAAAGGGAUUAUCUACAGGGAUUUGAAGUUAGAUAAUGUUCUGCUGGAUAAGGAUGGUCAUUGUAAACUGGCUGACUUUGGCAUGUGUAAGGAGGGAAUGUUUGAGGGCGUUGUCACAGGAACCUUCUGUGGAACCCCAGAUUACAUUGCUCCUGAGAUCCUUCAGGAGAUGCUAUACGGACAUUCUGUUGAUUGGUGGGCUCUCGGUGUGCUUUUGUAUGAGAUGCUAUCUGGCCACGCCCCAUUUGAGGCAGAAAAUGAGGAUGAUCUGUUUGAAUCCAUCCUGAACGAAGAGAUCAUCUACGCAUCCUGGCUCAGCGCCAGUGCUGUUGACAUACUCAAAGCGUUUCUGAUGAAGAAUCCGUCUCGCCGCCUGGGUUGCGUGGCUGCAGACGGCGGAGAGAGUGCUGUUACCCGUCACCUAUUUUUUACUGGCAUUGACUGGGACAAACUUAAUCGUCGGGAGCUAGAACCGCCUUUCAAGCCCAGAAUUAAAACUGCAGAAGAUGUGAAUAACUUUGAUCCAGACUUCACCCAAGAGGAUCCCACUCUUACCCCGAUUGAUCACUCCCCCAUCCCAUCAGUCAGUCAGGACGAGUUCUGUGACUUUUCUUUCACCUCUCCUGAACUUUUGAAAUUGGUUUCUGAGACACAGGGCAGAGGCGAAGAAAUAUAUGAUGCCAUGGAACCAAACUAAUUGUGAUGUCAAAAUGGAAACUUUCGGAAUUUCUAAGAACAUGUACUGUAGGUACCGGCUUAUUGAAACAGGUGAAAGACUUUAAGGAAACUUCAGUGGUCAUGUCUGAGAAAACAAAGUUUUUUCGGUUAGCAUUUUGGUCUGUGCCUAAACUGUUAUUGUUUAGGCCUAUGCUACUGCUUUGACAUGACCAUGUAAUUGUAGGUUAAUGUGUCUUUUGGUCAGAAGCAUCAUGAGGGAUACAGAGAGAUCUUCAUGAGUGACUUUACAUGCACUCUACCCCAGAAGACACUAGUUUACAAUUUUGCCCUCAAGCAGGGGUGCUUUGUACAGCAGCAGCAUCUGAGAGCUGAUCAUGAACUACUCCGUUCCAAAUUGCAUUGAACCCCAGUGUUCAGUUCCAAAUGUUUAGAAGACUUGAUUUGAUCUCUCUACAUUUUCUGUGUCUACCGCAGCCAAACGUGGAGCAGCAGCAUCACUAUUUCUCUUAGCAUUGUUUUGUUGUACAUGAACAAGGAAAAUUACUCUCAGGUGAAUGUAUGAAUGGAAACUCUAGUUUAUUUUAAUGUAUGCACACAUUUCUGUGUUUCUCUGGGCCAUUUAUUACUCUGUUUGUUUGUUUAGUUGGUUGUUUGUUUGAUUGGUAUUACAUUUCAGGUCAGAAUUUCAUCUGUUAUUCAGCCCAAGUAUCUGAAGAUGUUUUUAUUGUUCAUAAAGGUUGCAGAAUUAAGAAUUCUGCAGUAAGACCUUCUGUGUCUGUGACUUCAUCAAAAGCCCUCUGAGGGGUUUAAAGGCUAACACACUCAGAUGAGACUUUGACCCGUUCAAAUUCUUUAAAAUAAGGCCAGCGUUGCUUCCGUCUUGUCCUCAUCAUUCUUUACAGUCGCUUAUUUGUAAUUUCUCAGUCCGGGCAGAGCAAAAUUUCUGUCUGUGUAUGUUUCCAUUUUAGUACAAACUGGUCACUGAUUUCCAGUUAUUACUUUUUGCGCAGUAGUUUAACAAUGUCUAUAAGAGCCAGAGAAGAAAGCAAGAACAAGAGCAACUUUGUGUGUAAUCUCUAUAAAACUUAAUGUAUAGUAUAACACAUAUUCAUCCAUUUAUGGUAGUGUCUCAUUCCACAGUAAUUCCAUAGGGAAAUGGUGGGUGAUGUAACCAGUUAUGGAUAAUGUGGCCAUGCCACCAUUACAUUUUUUUAAAUAAUUGUUAUUAAGAUUGUAUACUAAACUUUAAACAGUCAAAAGGAUAAGUUCGAAUCCUCAUUAACCUUAGAAUCAGAGACUCAACUCAGACAAGUCUGAAAGGUUAGAGGUAGGUGUCUAAAGGUUUGUAGAAUAGAUAUAAUACUAAUAAAAAUAGAGUUUUUCAAAGAAUUCUGACCCUAACAUGAUUUCAUCAUUUUUCUACGGGUGAAGAAUUGAUGCAAAUGGAAGAAUUAGCAACAGAUCGCUGGUCUUGAGUGUAAAAAACAUUCAAGAUGUCAUGGGAGAUCCGAUUAAGCUACUUGCCCAUACAAGUCUGGCCCAGCCCUAAUUACAUCAGAGGAGGGUUUGCUAGAGAAUCCGCAUCAUUUUCCUAUGGGAGACAGCAACUCUGAUAGCCAAUAUACACCUCACAUACACUGAAAACUCUGUUAAGAGCCAUUUGCAGUCAUUGGCAACAGGAGAAGGUAGGCGGUCUAGGAAAUACUUGUUUGGUCAUAGAUGGUCUCUUGUGGCCCUUGGAUGACUUUGCUAAUAUUGACCUACAUAGAGGAGAUCCCUGGUCCUUCCUUAACUGUUUUCCACAAAUAUUAUACAGUACAUUUUCCUUUUUCUCUUGCAUAAUAUCACCCUUUAUUCUUCUUCAAACAUCUAUCCAUCUUUUGCCAUACACUACCUGCCCUGUUCCUUUACUAUGGUCCUUUUUAUCUUUAGGGAUGUUGAUUUUGGCUGCUGUGGAUGCAAAAUGUGAUGCUCUUUUCACCAUAUCAGACGUUUCAUGCUGGGAGAUUGCUCUGUUCCCUGCAUGACUUGCCAUUUCCUCAAUGAACUAUUUUCUGUUUUACAAAGCUGGUUUUAAGAGGCUCUUGCUUGACUGCCCAUGUUGAAAAUCCUAUUUUGGUACAGGACAUUUUCAAAUUACAAAUUUUGCAUGAGAACAGACAUUUUUAGCAUUUCCUUUCAGGUUGUAUUACUUAAAUUGUAAAGUCCGGUUCCAGUGUUAUGACAUUAAGCUUCCU